UUUUCGCGCAAUGUCUGGUCCGGUGGCAAGAGAAAAUUCUCUCCGUUGGGAAAAUAUGGCGAAAUAAUCGCAAAAUCAGCGCAAAAUGCAAUUUUAGUGAUUAAAUCCUCCGUGAUAGGCAUUACAGGAUCUUUCGGGAUGUUCUGUGAAUUCAAUUAGUGGGUGAAAGUGCUAAAAAAAACUCUUUGAAAAUGACCGAUCGUGAUGUGCCUUGUGUUGUGCGUAGGAGGAGAAAAAUGAAUCGCCAGCAUUAUGAGCAACUUGCUGAGGGUAGUCGCCUUGGGCACAAAUGUUCCUCAGAUGACGAUGAAAUGCCCGCAAAGGAGGAGGUCAAGGGUCACCGUGAGGCCCCACAUCAAGGAAGUAUAUCUUCGUAUCGAUCGAAAAUCUUGGGGCGUCGUGAUCGUAAAGUGGCCAACACACGGAGUCAGAGUACAUCGAGAGUUGAUCCCAUAAAUAGCACGAAUGAAGUUGCAUCCCUCAUGAGAACUGCCAGGAGGAGUCUUUCGUCACCUCGGCACAAAGACGAUGAGAUGACCAUUAGUCCAAAUGGAGAUGGAAGAAGUCCCCAAAGAACAGAUUCAUUAUCAAUCACCACUGGAAAAUCCACAUCAUCAAGUAAAGUUCAGGAAAAUCUGAAAAAAUUCGAAGAGGAACGAAAACGUCUUGAGAAGGAAAGGCGCAAAUUUGAGCAGGAAAAGCACGAUAUGGAUCGUUUGAGGGUGAGACGUCUCGAAGAAUUUGAUCGUAGACGCAUCACCGAGGGGUACAACACCUUUAAAUCCCAAAUACCCCGUCUCAAUGCUAAAAGGGGAUCCGAUGAGAAGCAGAGUCUUAUUGAGAAUUUCAACAGAGCCCAGAAGUUGUCGAAUGAGAAUAAAGUUGAAGAGAAACCGGAGAGGUUGCUUGAGAAAUCCCCAUCACCGCGGACAGUUGAAGAGAAGGAAGAGAAACGAUCACAAACCCCCCAGAGAUCGGCAUCCUUGCGUGAGCCCAAUAGGAAGGCAUCCAUUGAACCGGCAGACUUUGAAUCAUCAACAGUUUCAUGCUCCACCACUGAGGAAGAUGUUGGGGAUGAGACUGAAGAUGAUCCAAGAAGUGCUGCGAGAAAUAGAUUUUCAAGUAAAAAGCCAAAAGGAGAUUUAGCCCCUAAUGGGGUUCACGAGGUCGCGCCAAAAGACAAAGAUUCACCGGAAGUGAAGAAUAAAAUUCCCACCGGUAGGAAAUUAGCAAUGAAGGAGUUGUGGAAGGAAUUUAAACUAGCCAAGAGGGAUGAACUUGAGAAGAUGCGACUCCUUCGCAAUCGAUGCUUCUCCAAUUUGAUAAUUUUAAUAAUUUUCUGUGGAAUUGGUGGGAUUAUUUUCCGCUUCGUGGAGGGAGCUUUUGAGAAUUUCUACAAAUGUGGCGUGAAGCGCGUUAAAAGGGAUUUUGUCGAUCAACUCUGGCUUUCUAGUCACAGUCUAAGAGAGGAAGAUUGGAAGGCAUUGGCACGUUCUCGUUUACGGAAAUUCGAAGAGGAACUCCAUAUGGCCCAUGAAGCCGGAAUGACGAGCUAUAGUGGUCAGAAAGCUUGGUCCUUUCUCAAUGGGUGGGCGUACUGUUUAACCGUUGUUACAACAAUUGGAUACGGACAUAUUUCACCAACAACCACAACAGGAAGGGCCAUAACAAUAGUUUAUGCCGUCAUUGGAAUCCCAAUUUUCCUUAUUCUACUCGCAGAUUUUGGCAAACUCUUCACGAGGGGUAUUAAGUUUCUUUGGUCAUACGUUCGACGACUCUACUACACGGGAUCAUGUCGGAAAGUGAGGAAACAAGCACAAGUUCAGGACAUGAUGCGUGGGAUCAACAUGGCGUACGAAAUUGCCACAUUUAGGCGUCCAAGUGCAUUCGCAAAGGACGAGGAGGAUGGAAAGGGCGUACAGGAUGGGACUACAACAACGGGGCUGCACCUGUCCCCAUCGCAACAGGACAUUGGUACACCUCAGACUCCAAUGCCGUCCGAAAUUGAGAUUGACGACGAAUUUAAUCUGCCCAUCUCUUUGGCCUUCUUCAUCCUCAUCACAUACAUCCUCAUUGGGGCCAGCAUCUACAGCAUGUGGGAGGAGUGGUCCUUCUUUGAGUCCUUCUACUUUGUCUUCAUCUCCAUGUCAACCAUUGGUUUUGGGGAUUUUGUACCGAAUCACCCCAUGUACAUGAUGGCAAGCAUUGUCUACUUAAUGUUCGGCCUUUCCCUCACAUCGAUGUGCAUCAAUGUGGUCCAAGUGAAGCUCAGCGAUAGCUUUAAGCAUGCCAGCGCGAAAAUUGGUGCGACCAUUGGGCUCAAAAUGGCCGAAGAGGCUUCCCUGAAAAACUCCCAAAAUGGAUCCCCCGUUGACCUAGCCUCUGUUCAUUCACUGCACUCUACAAGCCCAAAAAUUGAAAUUAGCGGUACGGAUACGCAAUCAGCGGCAGAUAGUUGAAAAUAUCAGACAAUAUUUAACCUAGAUCUAUCUAUCUAUCUAUUGGAUAAAGUUAAGAAUUUGCUGAUAGAAUUUGGUAGGAAUGAAAAAAUAAGAUAUUCUUUUUACCUAUUUUAGUGAAUGAUGAAAUACUAUUUUUUAUAAAGAACAACUUACAAAAUAUUGCAGGAAUUUUUUCACUUGACAUUUAGAAAUUGUACAUAUAAAAAAAACUAUUUUAUUUAUUAUUUUAACAUGUUUUCACAAUAUAUAUUUUUGUGUUGAAAAUAUGAAUAUGGGUGGGCAAAGGCCAUAUAAUUUGUUUCGAAUUGUACUAUAAAUUUUUCUAAUUUAUUUAUUUAUAAAGAGUUAUUAUCAAUGUAAAUUAAUUUUCCUUUAUGCUUAGCUAGGAUUGAAAGUUAGAGUCUCCUUAUUGCCAAAGAAUGGAAUAUUUAUAUUGAAACUUUUAAUUAUAUAAAUUUAUACCUAUCAUACUCUUAUACUUCAUCCCUAAACUCUUACUUAUAAUAAUCUAGUUAAAAGAACUUUUGCCUUAUACCUGUUCUUUUUGAAGAUUGAAUUUUAGGAUAUUAUAGUAGAAUUUUUCUUUGAGUAGGGGAGAGCGGGGCUAAUAAAGUCACUUGAGGGUUUGAAAAAAGCCUAAAAUAUCAUAUUUCCUAGCUAGACAGAACAAAAUGAUCUGAGAAAGAGUUAUGGGGCAGUAAAUCUCCUAAAGAAAUGAGCUAUACAUUACGCUUUAUCUAUUUGGGAAAUAUGAUAUUUUGAGCUUUUUCUAAACCCUUAAGUGACUUUUUUAACCCCGGUCUCCCCUACCGUCAUGUAGAAUAAUUUACGUAAUUUAUCUUGUUUUUAAGUUUCAUUAUCUAUUUUUUUUUUAUUUCAAUUGUAUUCCUGUGCCUGUAUACCUACAUUUAAAAUAUAUAUACAUAUAAAUUAAAAAAAAAAUAAUCAAUCAAAUUCGUUGACUAUCCCUAAAAAUUUUAUCUAAAUACUUCCCUACUAUAUGCUUCCAAGAAUUUUAUUUUUUUUAUUGAGAUCUAGAAAAAUUAUUUCACCUGCAAGAAAAAAAUCAUUUAAAAAUGACAAAAAUUUAUAAGAAAAAAAAAUUAAAAACUUACAAAGUAUCUCCAUGUGACGGUAGAAAAGAAAUGAUUUUAUAUAAUAGUUUUAAUAGCUAAAUAGAUUAUUGUAUUAUAAACAAUUUAGCUUUGUAGAUAGACCUCUUAAAUUCUCAUUUAUACGAUUAUUUAAACUUAUAUAAGUAAUAUUAUGUUUUUAAAAUCAGCUCUUUCCCUUUAUUAAUUAAUUAUUAGAUUUAUUAUUAUAUUUUUGCAAUAAAAUACAAAUUGUGUAAAUUCGGAAUGAUUUCAUGAAUAAAUUGAUAAGAAAUUC